AUGGCCACCGUCGGAAAGGGCCUCGUCCAGAAGAUCCUGGAGCGGGCACACGCACCCGAGGCGGCCAGCCAGAUCUUUACCGACAAGAUCCAGUACCGGCAGCUGCUGCUGCGACCGACGUCGCCGCCGCCCGACGAAGCCGAAGGUGGUGCCGGUCUCGACGGCCGCGAUGCCCGCCGUCGAUCGCGACGUCUCAAGCAGGAGCUGCAGCGAGACCGCCGUCGACAGCUGAAGCCAAAGCCGCUGUCGGCACGGGAGCGACGUCGUUUGGGACUGUAUGACAUGCCGGUGGGACAGGAGAAGGACAAGACGGAAAAUAAGGAAAAGAAACAAAAGAAACAAAAGAAACACAAACUGCACGGCCAGUCUUACGCCACGUUUAUCCCCCUGCACCGCCUCUGGCUCGGCUACAUCUGCGAGCUGCUCGGCCCCCAGGAGCUGCGCUGUGGCGGCCAGGGCGCCGCCGCCAAGCUGACCGCUGCUGACUUUCAUGGCGCCGAGGUCGAGGUCACGCGAAGCGCCUGUUCCGGCCGUGUUGGUACCCGUGGCAUCGUCGUGCGCGACACCCGCUUCGUCUUUGAGAUCGUCACGCCCGACAACCACGUCAAGAUGGUGCCCAAGGAGGGCACCUUUUUUCGCAUCGAGAUCCCGGUGGACGAGGCGCAGACAGCCCUCGACCAGCAGAAAGCCAAACUCGUCUUUGAGAUUAUCGGCUCGCAGUUCCUCCAUCGUGCCACGGACCGUGCCAACCGCAAGUUCAAGCAGCACUUUUACAAGGAGCUGUGA